AAGGAUUAUGUUAUUAAUAUGUUAACUUUAAUUUUGAUUUAUCAGAACAGAAAAAAAAAAUAGUUUAAGUGUUAGAGACUGUUUCCUGUAAGUGAUGUAGUAGAAUAUACAUGAAAUAAUAAGAUAAACUUCCUUAUAUGGUUGGCUAAAUAAUUGUUGUUCCCAACAUGUGUACGUAUGUUUGUUUACGUCUAUAGGAUGUUUACUUACUUCCUCUCGUUCAUAUAAUAAAUAGUACUUUAUUACUGAAACUAUGUCAAGUGAUUGAUUUGUGACUUCAGAAAGCUGGACUUACUUUACUUUAGUAUUUUUAGUGUUAAAUGGAGACAUUUUAAUAACAAGUUGUAAGACAACUGUUAAACUCUACUGCCUUUACAUUUACCAGUGUGGAGAUUACCUGUUAUAAGUGCAUUUAAACUACAUUUAUUCUCAUAAUUAUCAAUUUUAUUGUACUACUUAGCAGAGAAUUGUUUAUGCGAAAUACUUUCAAUAACAGUAUAUUGAAGUAAAGAGCUAGUGAAAGGAUUCACAAAAUGGACAUGACCUUCAAGGACAAUAACAUCAAUGUGAUUUUGUUUGAUUUGAUUGGUUGACCAUACCUUGUUUUUACAGUUAUUUAAGAUGGAAAAUCAGUGACAAGUAAAUGUUAGUACACUGUCAUACCUGACUUGAGGCAAGAAAUACUGGUAGUUAUAGUGUGUGUUCGUGUGUGUUUUAUAAAUUCACUUAAAAACAAGUUUAAAGACAGGUAUUUGAGAUAAAUCAAGUGCUUAAUUUAUGUGAUUAAAGGAACAUGGGGCUUUCAGCUAGUAAAUUUAAUCCACAGAAUGAAGAGUUUUACAACAUUCAGUCUGUUCCGAUUGAGGAAGAAAAAGAUGCAAAAAUCAGCCGACAAGCUAAAGACGGUAAACCAGUUGCUUUUGAGGAAGAAGAUGUCAGGACCUUAUCCGACGCAUUCAAAAGAGGGGCAAGAUUGUCAAAUAAUGGGAGAUGUUUGGGAUGGAAACCCAGUGCAACUGAACCAUAUACAUGGAUAUCCUAUAAUGAUGUGUUAACAAAAGCCAGUCAUAUUGGAGCAGGUCUGAUAGCUGUUGGCCAAACACCUGAAAAUUCAACACAUAUUGGUAUAUACUCCCAAAACAGGGCAGAGUAUUUCAUAGCAGAACAAGCAAGUUAUCUAUAUUCUAUGUGUAUUGUACCUUUAUAUGAUACUCUUGGAGUGGAAGCUUGCAAUCAUAUCAUUGUUCAAGCUGAACUCAAUCUUAUAAUUUGUGAUAAAAAUGAAAAGGUCAAGAAUCUCCUUGGUAGAAUGAGUGAAACUCCGAAUCUCAAAACUCUGGUUGUCAUGGAAAAACUAUCAGAAGAGAAUGAAACUCUUGCCAAGCAACAUGGUGUUCAGUUGAUGCAGUAUGAAGAUCUAGAGAAAAAGGGUGAGGCUGCUCCUCAGGAACCAAAGCCGUGUAAACCUGAAGAUUUAGCAGUGAUAUGUUAUACUAGUGGUACAACAGGUUUACCAAAAGGAGCAAUGUUGACCCAUGAAAAUUGUUUAGCCCCAGUGCUUGCAUGUGGAUACAUUUUUAACAACAAUAACUUGGUGAUGACACCUGAUGAUUGCCUUGUAUCUUAUCUGCCUCUCGCUCAUUCCUAUGAGAGAUUAUGUGAGGCAUGCAUGUAUUCUGGUGGAGGAAGGAUUGGGUUUUUCCAGGGAGAUGUGAGGAAGUUGUUAGAUGAUAUUAAAGAAUUACAACCUACAGUAUUCCCUUCUGUACCAAGAUUACUCAACAGGGUUUAUGAUAAGGUGAUGGCAGGAGCAAGUGCUAGUGCAGUAAAGUCAAGAAUGCUUGCAUGGGCAUUGUCAUCUAAAGAAAAGGAAGUUAAAGGUGGUAUAAUCCGAAGUGAUUCCUGGUGGGACAAACUUGUGUUCAGUAAAGUACAGCAGACACUAGGUGGUAAAGUCAGAUUGAUAACCACAGGAUCAGCUCCACUCUCUCCUAAAAUACUCAUGUUCCUCAGAUGUUGUGCUGGAUGUCCUGUAUUGGAAGGAUAUGGUCAGACAGAAUGUUCUGCUAUCUGUAGUCUACAGGUACCUGGUGAUGGGGAAAUUGGAAAUGUUGGUCCACCAUUGAGAUGUAACUACGUAAAGUUGGUAGAUGUUCCGGACAUGAACUACAUGGCCAAAGAUGACAAAGGAGAGGUGUGUAUAAAGGGACCAAAUGUGUUCAAAGGUUAUUUGAAGGACCCAGAGAAGACCAAGGAAGCAAUGGAUGAAGAUGGUUGGUUACACUCUGGAGAUAUUGGCCAGUGGAUGCCGAAUGGAUGUUUAAAGAUCAUAGAUAGAAAGAAGAACAUUUUCAAACUAGCACAGGGAGAGUAUAUUGCUCCAGAGAAGAUUGAGAAUGUGUAUGUUAGAUCUACCCUCGUUGCUCAAGUCUUUAUACAUGGUGAAAGCUUAAAGUCAAGUCUGGUUGCUAUCAUUGUACCUGAUCCAGACACUCUUCCUGGGUAUGCCAAGGAAAAAUUCAACCUGUCUGUAAGCAUGGAAGAAUUGUGUAAAAAUGAGGAUAUUAAGAAAGCAAUAUUAGAUGACAUUACAAGUGUUGGAAAGAAAGGAGGAUUAGCUUCAUUUGAACAGGCAAAAGAUAUUUAUUUACAUCCGGAGUUGUUCUCUGUUGAAAAUCAACUUCUUACUCCAACAUUUAAAGCAAAGAGAAAUGAGCUAAAAGUUUUCUUCAAGACACAGAUAGAAGAUAUGUACAAAAAUUUACAAUAAAAGGCAGCACAAGAUCACCAUUGCAACAUAAUCUACAUAUCGUGUAACAUCUUUAAUCUUUAUGCUUGACUAUUCAAAGAAUAGUGAGAGCUGUUAUACUCACCCAGCCACAGCAAUGGCAUCACCACAACUCUUUGGUUAAGUUUUUGCAUGCAAGUUGGUAACUUCAAAACUACAGAAUGGAAUAGGCUGAAACUUCGCACACUUGUUCUCUGUGAUUUUCUUACAUGAUGAGAACUGGGUCCGAGGUUAUAAAGAAAUUCGCCAAGCUCAAACUCAGAUCUCAGGUAUUUAAUUGGUCAGAAAUUGCCAAUGUACACUGACCAAUGAAAAUUCUGAGAUUUGAGCUAGAACUCAGGAAAAGGUUUUUAUAACUUCGAGGCCAGGUCCCAUAACUCUUGACUUACUUUUUACAGAGUAAUGCCCCUUUCCUUACAGUCAAGAACUGAGAAUAGUCAAGCAUGUUGUGUUACAGACAGCUCUUAUUUAAGUUUCACCUUGCUGAAUUUGUAUAAUGGGCUUGUCCUGCUUUAAAUUUGGAGUUGUUUAUUAUUAUUAUGGUGGAAUUUUUAUAAUAAAAUACAAAAUGUAAGCAACCAAUGGUAUAGAGCCUAAUCAGACUGAUUAUAAGACCUGGGUCUGUUCUCAAUAACUGAAGGCUGUUAUAGCAUCACUGCUAACAAUCUAACAGUUAAUAAUUGUAACCUAUAUCUAACAUACAAUUAAAGCACUUCCUGUUGUGAUAUGAGUAAUGCAUACUUAAUUACUUUGUAAUAAAACUGAUUGAAGAGUUAAGAUAAGUGGAGGAUGAAAAUGAAAGGUUUAGGGUAAUGAAGCAGUUUGUGUGAGAUUCUAGGAGUCUGCUUUAGAAGUAACUUUAUUACCAAAAUGUUCAUUAACAAAGGCAUUGUUGUUUUAAGUUUACAUGAUGUAACAUUUGUAUUUGUACUAUAGUAAAUACAUAUAUAUUACACAUAAACAUUAGCGAUAGAUCUAUAGAUAUUGUACAGAAGGUUUUGAUGUAACAAAAGUGCAAUAUUUGGAAAAAGGCAUUAAACAUUAAAUGAGUGAACAUAGCUUUGUACAUCAUUAUCAUAGUUUGGCUCUACAACAUAUAAGUUGUUGUUUCACUGUUGCACAUUGUUUACAAUUUUCAAUGACCAAUAUAAAUCUCCACAUUAGGAAUGCAUUUAUCACAUUGGACUAUCACAUUAAAUUAUUUACUAUAAUUCAGCAAUAUUAUAUCAAGAUUAUUAUAAAAUGCUGUAGCAUAUGUUUGUUGUGAUCAGCACAAUUGAUAGCAAAAUUAAUAUAUACUUGUAAAAAUAUGUAUUUUCUUGUUAUAUUAAUAUGUUACGUAUGCAAGUUAUAUUUUCAAACACAAACAAAUUGUCAUGUUAUUCAUAGUAUAAACAAUUAAAACGAUUGUAAAACAAA